UAAUCUAUUUUUUCACGCGGUGUUAAAACUUCAUAAAAUCAAUAAAAUAUGGACAGAAAGUGAAGAAGACCAAAAGGAUGCUAAAGAAUAUUUGAGUUUUCAAGGACUUUGGCCUCCUUAUGUUAGUAAUCCAACUUCAAGAUGGAAGACUCGUUGGAGCGAUAAAAAGAAUGGUGCAACUUUAUAUCAGUGUUCUUGUGGAUCUGAUAUGGAAUCUGCAAGAAAAACUGAUGUAGAUAAACAAAGAAAGCUUCGACAAAUGUAUGAUUUUGUUGGAUGUUUAGCUUUUAUUAGAGUAGAAAAAAAUGUUACUAAUGGCAAGUAUCGACGAGUUCAUGGAUACAUGGAACAUACUGAGGCUUGCCAUAGAGCAUUACCAAAGAAAGAUACACCGACUCUAAGGGUUAAUUGUGAGAUUAAAGACAUGACAGAACUUUUGGUUAGGGCAAAUACAUCUAUAAAAGAUAUUAUAUCUUGGAAUCAACAUUUUAUAAGAAAAAAAUUAUCUGGAAGAACAACUUUAAAAGAUCAACAUUUUCUAGUUACAAUUUAUGAUGUUAAGGAUGCAAGGCGUUGGGUUAAAACUCAAAAACAGUGGCCCAUAAAUAUGAAUCGAUCUGUUGAUUUUAAUCUAGAAAGUUAUUUUGGAGAGGGCGCUCAAGAUACAGAUUUAUCUAAUUCAGUGGUUUAUUUCGAAAAACGGAAGCAUCGUCAUGAUCACAUUUGUUUAGUGCUAGCAAAUGAAGAACAACUUGGUCUAGCAUGGAGUUAUGGUCAUGAAAAAUGUAUUAUUCUAGAUGAUUCUUUUGAAACUGGAAACAAAAAAUUACUAUUAUACGUUAUCAUGGUCGUUGAUGAACUAAAUAAAAGUAUACCUGUGGGAUAUCUAUUAUAUUCAAGACCAAAUAAUUCUUACGUGAUGGAAGAGAAUAAUCAUAAAUAUAUAAUUCUUAAGAAACUAUUAAUUGAAUAUAAAAAACGAUUGAAUAACUUUAAAGGAAACUUUCAAGAGUUUACUCCAAGGAUUGCUAUUAUUGGAAAUUUUAGGGAGCCAAUUGAACGCAUUGUGGUUUCUGAAAUUUGGAACGGAAUUGACGUGUUAUACUCACCUCAUAAGGUGCGGAUAUGUUGGGAAACAAAAGCAGAUGAAUUUUUAUUUAUGGGAGGUAGUAAUGAAGCUAUUGAAUGUCGUCAAAUCCUCAGAAAUGAGUUGACAAAUUUAUUUAAUGAAUUAGAACGUGCCUCGGAAAGUGAAAUGCAAGCACAAAUUCAGGAGAUGGAACGGCGUGCAAUGGAACGUCAUGCAGAAGCAUUUAAUAAUAAGACGCUCUUAUCUUUGUAUAACGGACAAUGCGAGUUUUUAAAAUAUUUACGUACAAAUUGGAUAAAUGACAUAGAAAUAAAAAUGUGGUCAUUUAAUAACCGAUCAAGAGCUGCAGGCAAAAUAGGCGUUGAUUUAAACACAUGGUUAUUAGAUUAUCAAGAAGGAUUCCAAAUACAGUUCAACUCAAAUCGAAUGCUAAGGUUUCAGCAAAAAGGACAUCUUUUGCGUUUAGAUGUUUUAAGUCUUUUGCUUAUAAAGUUCAUUACACCUAUUUGUAAUUUACAACGUCAAUUAUGGAAUUAUGUUGAGACAUUUUUAAAAAAUGAAAAGCCAUCACUUGAUGCAGUGCUUCAGGGGGAUGAGUUAGAAGAAGGGCAAUGGAAAUGCUUACUUGAGCAGCAUAUCAAUACCAUUGCUUUUGAAGAAAAUUGCCCAAGAACUAAUCAAGAAGCCAAUCGUUUAUUACGAAAGAAACCCUCAGUCGAAUACAAUGGUGAAUCUUUAUAUGUUAUUAUAGAGACUGAUAACUUAAAUCCAGAAAUUUGUCUUGAUAAUGAUGAGAUGAGGUCAUAUUCGGUUGGCCUUAAACCCAUCUUUAGUUGUCAUUGCUUCCAUUUCCUAGUGAGAGGAGGAUCUUGUGCCCAUAUUAUGGCAGCA